AUGAUCUCGAUCGUCUGUCUAUUACUGAUCGCUUAUUGCGGCGCUGCGGAGCAGGAUUUAUCCUCUGAAGCUAAGCUGCAACGCGAUUUUGACUCCUGGUGCCCUGAUAGUCGUCACUUGCCACCUGGAAACGGCACAGAGAUCCACAUAAAAUUUAUACUGAAGUUAUUUUACUUCGACGCUGGCGAAGAGGUGUUCAGUAUCUAUUGUUGGAUUCACUUUAGCUGGACCGACGCACGGUUCACAUGGCGGCCGGAAGACUAUGGCGGUAUAGAUAGCGUCGUCUUCAACUCUUUAAACCUAUGGACUCCCAUGGAACAACUCCAGAACGUGAAUAGUGAUGAAAUGAACACCUUUUGGCUUUCAAGUUGUGAGUUGAAGCAUGACGGUAGCGUGUUUUGCAUUCCAAAGACUAUACUCGAUACAACUUGCAUUACGAAGUUGACUGACUGGCCCUAUGAUACACAGAAGUGCCGUUUUGACUUCAAAUCCAAGGAUCACACGAAAAAAUUUAAAUUUACGCUUGGAGAGAGACGUGCGAUGAGCAUGAUUGGUGCGGAAUAUGGAGGGACAUGGAAUAUCAUCGAUUACGAGCAAGGCGAGGACCAAAAUGCGACUAAUCAGCUGUUUUUCGAGUUGACGCUUGAACGACAGGCUUUUGGUUUAGGAUUUAUAUUGGCAACGCCAGCUAUUGCCUUGACUCUACUGACGAUGACCGUUCCGCUCUUGGAUGUAUGUGGUACAAUUAGACUGGGUAUAGCCUGUUUCAGCUUACUCUCGCAUUUUACCUUCUUACAGUUGAUAAACUACAGUAUACCUCAGCAUAACGAAGCGACGCCGACCAUUCUUAUAUACCUUCGUAGCUCUCUCGUGAUUACAAGUGUUACGAUAAUAAUAUCCGUGUUCCUCAAUAAAGCUUCAGAAAUAGAUAGGGUCCCACCACCUUGGUUAUUUUUGUGGAUCGCAUCAGGUAAUAUCGAGCAGUAUUUCAGAAAGAUUAAAAAAUUACCAUCAGCGACAGUUGAACCUACGAUUAACAGCGUACCGACUCCCACCCAAAUAGCAUUGAUAUAA